GAGUAGGCUAUAAAAGCGCACGACAAUGCCGCAUCCGCUUCAAUUUAAAAUUUACGCUGAGACAGCGAACGUCACUUGCGGAAGUGAAUUUCCAAAGCAGAAAAUUAUUUCAAAGCGGUUUUUACAUUGUGACUUGUGGAUAUUUUGUGAAAAAACUAGUCCAAAAUGCCUGAAGAAACUCAAAGCGCAGAUGUCGAGACCUUCGCCUUCCAGGCUGAAAUCGCUCAGCUGAUGAGUUUGAUCAUCAACACAUUCUACUCUAAUAAAGAAAUCUUCCUUAGAGAGUUGAUCUCAAACUCCUCAGAUGCCUUGGAUAAGAUCCGUUACCAAUCACUCACAAAUCCAUCCUGUCUCGACUCUGGAAAAGAUUUGCACAUUAAAAUUGUUCCAAACAAGAGUGAAGGAACCUUAACCAUCAUUGAUACUGGUAUUGGUAUGACGAAAGCAGAUUUAGUUAACAACCUUGGUACAAUCGCAAAAUCAGGAACAAAGGCAUUCAUGGAGGCCCUCCAAGCUGGAGCUGAUAUUAGUAUGAUUGGUCAAUUUGGUGUAGGUUUCUACUCAGCCUACUUAGUUGCUGAUCGAGUAGUGGUUGUAUCAAAAAAUAACGAUGAUGAACAGUACAUUUGGGAAUCAUCUGCAGGAGGUAGCUUCACAAUAAGACCAGAUGUUGGAGAACCAUUGGGACGUGGUACAAAAAUUGUUCUGUACAUCAAAGAGGAUCAAACUGAAUUUUUAGAAGAGAAUAAAAUUAAGGAGAUUGUAAAGAAACACUCCCAGUUCAUUGGUUACCCCAUUAAAUUGCUUGUAGAAAAAGAAAGGGAAAAGGAACUAAGUGAUGAUGAAGCAGAAGAAGAAAAGAAGGAAGAAGAGGAAGACAAAGAUAAACCUAAAAUUGAAGAUGUAGGAGAGGAUGAAGAUGAAGAUAAAAAAGAUGAGAAAAAGAAAAAGAAAAAAACUAUUAAAGAAAAGUACACUGAAGAUGAGGAACUAAACAAAACCAAACCAAUCUGGACAAGAAAUGCUGAUGAUAUAACCCAAGAAGAAUAUGGUGAAUUUUACAAAUCAUUGACAAAUGAUUGGGAAGACCAUUUAGCAGUAAAACAUUUUAGUGUUGAGGGUCAACUUGAGUUUAGAGCUUUAUUGUUUGUUCCUCGUCGUGUACCUUUUGAUUUGUUUGAAAACAAGAAGAAGAAGAACAACAUCAAAUUAUAUGUACGCAGAGUUUUCAUUAUGGACAACUGUGAAGACCUUAUCCCAGAAUAUCUUAACUUUAUUAAGGGAGUAGUAGACUCUGAAGAUUUACCUCUAAACAUUUCAAGAGAAAUGUUGCAACAAAAUAAGAUUCUUAAGGUCAUCCGCAAAAAUUUAGUUAAAAAAUGUCUGGAACUUUUUGAAGAGCUUACUGAGGACAAAGAUGGAUGGAAGAAAUUCUAUGAACAAUUCUCGAAGAACAUCAAAUUAGGAAUUCACGAAGAUUCACAAAACAGAGCCAAACUUGCUGACUUAUUGCGUUACCACACCUCUGCCAGUGGAGAUGAAGCUUGUUCACUAAAAGACUAUGUCAGCAGAAUGAAGGAAAACCAAAAACACAUCUACUAUAUCACUGGCGAGAACAAAGAACAAGUAGCACAUUCUGCAUUUGUUGAACGUGUUAAGAAGCGUGGUUUUGAAGUAGUAUACAUGACUGAACCCAUUGAUGAAUAUGUAGUUCAACAACUCAAGGAAUAUGAUGGUAAAACUCUUGUCUCUGUCACCAAGGAAGGUCUCGAAUUACCUGAAGAUGAAGAAGAGAAGAAGAAACGUGAAGAUGAUAAGGCCAAAUAUGAAGGUCUUUGCAAAGUUAUGAAGAGCAUCCUUGAUAACAAAGUUGAAAAGGUUGUGGUAUCUAACCGUUUAGUAGAAUCUCCAUGCUGUAUUGUAACCUCACAAUAUGGAUGGACUGCUAACAUGGAACGUAUCAUGAAAGCCCAAGCUCUCCGUGACACAUCAACUAUGGGUUACAUGGCAGCCAAGAAACACCUAGAAAUCAACCCUGACCAUUCCAUCAUUGAAAACCUUAGACAGAAGACAGAAGUUGAUAAAAAUGAUAAGGCUGUGAAAGAUCUUGUCAUCUUGCUCUUCGAGACUGCCCUCCUUAGCUCUGGUUUUACUUUGGAUGAACCUCAAGUACACGCAUCUAGAAUCUACAGAAUGAUCAAACUUGGUUUGGGCAUUGAUGAAGAAGAAUCUAUGCUUACUGAAGAAACCCCAUCUGGCGAAGCUCCUGCUGCCGAGGCUGGUGAUGGAGAAGAUGCUUCCCGUAUGGAAGAAGUAGAUUAAAUGCAUUCAUUUAAAGAGCAUGUGUUGUAAUAUGUUCAAAUGACAAUUUCUCUCAUUCCUUAUUUUUGUAAAUAAUUUAUUUCUUUUUUAUACAGAGUAUUACUAGCAUUUGAAAGGCUACUGGAAUAGUCUGGCUGUGUAGAGUACUAAUGACCAAUUGUCAUCAACAACUGUACUGAUUUUCCGUUAAUAAACCAAAUAAUUGAAAA